UUCCGUGUGAGACCACUGUCACGUUUCACCUGUUGUAAAAACACUAAAGAGUGGGCUGCAUCAUGGAGGCUCGUUUCGGCAGUAUCGUGUUCAGCUCCAAGUUCGACUCGGGGAACCUGGCGCGGGUGGAGAGGGUGGACAAAAGCAUCCCCAGUCCCCCCUCAGACUCCUCGUCCAAUGGGAACACGGCAUCUGCACCGAGCCCCACCCCUGAUUACGAGUUUAAUGUGUGGACAUCGCCAGACUGCGCCGGCACGGAGCACGAGAAUGGAAACAGGUCGUGGUUUUACUUCUGUGUGCGCGGAGUGUCGUCUGGAAAGUUACUGAAGAUCAAUGUGAUGAACAUGAAUAACCAGAGGAAGCUGUACAGUCAGGGCAUGGCUCCGUUUGUGCGCACUGUGCCCGGCAAAACGCGAUGGGAAAGGAUACGGGACAGGCCCACUACUGAGAUCGUAGAUAAUCAGUUCAUCCUGUCAUUCACACAUCGGAUUUUAGAAGUCAAAGGAGCCACUACCUUCUUCUCUUUCUGUUACCCGUUCUCCUACUCUGAAUGCCAGGACAUGCUCCAGCAGCUCGACGAUAACUUACCCCACUGCCCUCAGCUCAGUCCAAGCAGUCCUCCGAGCAGUGUGUACUACCAUCGCGAGCUGGUGUGCCGCUCUCUGGAUGGAAACAGGGUGGACCUACUUACUGUGACAAACUGCAGUGGGAUGAUGGAGGAGAGGGAGCCGCGUCUGCCCCAUCUUUUCCCCGACACCAACACACCAAGAGCACACCGAUUUGCAGGCAAAAAGGUGUUUUUCCUCAGCAGCAGAGUGCACCCAGGAGAGACCCCCUCGUCGUUUGUGUUUAAUGGAUUUCUGAAUUUCAUCCUGAGGAGAGACGACCCUCGUGCCCACGUCCUCAGAAACAUGUUUGUGUUUAAACUCAUCCCUCUGCUCAACCCAGACGGGGUGAUCCGUGGGCACUACAGGACUGAUUCCAGGGGUGUAAACCUGAACCGUCAGUAUCUUAAUCCAAGCUGGGAGCUGCAUCCUUCCAUUUACGCUGCCAAGUCACUGUUACUGUACCACCACACUCACAACCGCAUCCAGAAAGCACAACCGACCAAUCGCAACGCCCCGACGCGCCCGCAUUCCCCACCCCCCAACAACACGCCGGCCAAUCAGACACCUCCUCCCCUCACCGACAUGGAGAUCAGCAUGAACCAACGAAAUGCGGAGAAAGAUGUGACUCUAACGCAGUCGGAUAUCAACAUGGCGAUGGAGGAAAAUGCUGUGAACACUACGGACUUACAAAAGAUAAACCAUAAUGUUUCAAAUCCCACAGAGACUCAUUUUGCAGAUGGUCCCGAUGUAGAGGCAAAACAGGAAGAGGAAAAGCAGGAGUCGAUACCGCCGCAAGAAGGGGGAGUGGCCUAUUAUGUGGACUUGCAUGGCCACGCCUCCAAACGUGGCUGUUUCAUGUACGGGAAUAAUCUACCAGAUGAAAGCCAGCAGGUGGAGAACAUGCUGUACCCCAGACUUAUCGCUGUGAACUCGGCCCACUUCGACUUCCUGGGUUGUAACUUUUCCGAGAAGAACAUGUACGCACGGGACAAAAGGGAUGGCCAGUCCAAAGAAGGCAGCGGGAGAGUGGCUGUUCACAAGGCCAUAGGGCUGCUCCACAGUUACACUUUGGAGUGUAACUACAACACAGGGAAAAUGAUGAACAGCAUCCCGCCUGCUUGUCAUGACAGCGGCCGCGCCUCUCCACCUCCUGCUCCAUCGUUCCCACCCAAAUACACCCCAGAGAUAUUUGAACAGGUGGGUCGAGCAGUAGCCAUCUCUGCCCUGGACAUGGUGGAGUGUAACCCGUGGCCACGCCUGGUCCUGUCUGAACACAGCUCUCUGUCGAACCUGCGUGCCUGGAUCCUCAAACACGUCCGCAACACUAAAGGUCUCAACGCCAACUCCAUCGCCCACCCUCCCCCCAAGACGCACCACAACGGGAACAAAGCCACCCCUCCAAAGAGCUUCAACAACUCCCUGUCAGGCUCGUCGUCAGAGAACGCCCUGAAUCGCAUUCGGUGCAACAGCCACAGCAGCAGCAGUCAGACCCCCUCCCCAAAGAUCCACAGCUCCCCCAGCUUCACCUUCGGCUGCCCCCCUCCCCGCACCACCCACCCACAGCACAACGGCAGCAGAGGAGGAGGAGGAGGAGGAGGAGGUGGAGGAGGUGGAGGCAACAAGACACUGGGUCCUGUACGGGACUCAAAGGCUCAGGAGAAGAGACGCCCCCCUCACCACCACCGCCCCGUCCUCCGCUCGCCCAGUAACAGCCACGCCCCCUCAUCCCGCGCGGCCGCUCCUCACUCUCCCCCCUCCUCCUCUUCCUCUUCGUCGUCCUCCGUUUGCGCUCCGGGUUCCUGUCCUCUCCCGGGCUCCGUCAGUAUGUCAGGGGUAAGUUGUCCAGACAUCCAGGCGGGGGGGUCCAGUUCAGUGUGUGUGACCAGGAUGCCCUUCCCCAUGCGCUCUGGGCGUGUGGGGAGGAGCUGCCGGCCUCUGUCCUUCACUCAGACUAAAGACUUGGGGCCUGAGCACAUACUUUCCUCCAUCAAAUUUAGCAAGUGUGAACUGCAGCCACAUUUGAGCCGGAUUCCCAUCAGAAGAAUAGGGUCGAGUGAAGCCCCGCCUCAAAACUGUCACUCAAACGGGAAAGAGGAGCUGUCCACUCUGAGGGUGUGGAAGCUGCUACGGCCUGGACUGCAGCGCCAUCUGUCACUCACAGGUGUAUCGGGAAAGCAGGCUGCGUUACAGUUGGCCUCCAAAGCAAUAAUCAAGAAAAAUACUGACAAUGGUCUCCAAUUCAACAAAGGAACAGAUAUUAUUGAAACCACACCUGAGGUGGAGGAGACUGCUCUGCUGCCUCUGCCAGAAACCCUUAACUUGAGUGAAACAGUGACACUCUGUGGUGAAGCCUAGUAACUGCACAUAUGUUUACUUUAUUUAUUUAUAGCAUAAACUGUAUACAGUCUUUAAUUUAUAGAGUUGAAUGGGACAAACCCAUAGUCAAAAUGAAGAUAACAACAUAAACUCUAAUGAGGUGUUACUGUACAAUAAAUGGGUUUGUUUAGUCUUUAGUUGUAAAUGCAGUGGUGGUGCUGCACUUUCUUUCAGUUUAAUUCUGUAGCUUAGAUUCAGUGCCUUUUUCAGUGGCUCCACAGCAGUGUAAUUUUUUUUUUUCUUUGGCACCUUAUAAACAAAGUGGGAGUUUUCAA